CCCGUUCAGUCAGCAUGCGUUCAGCGGCGAAAUUCGACCAUGUCCCCCACCAAGCCCCUAGACGCCACCUAAAAAAAAUUGUGAUACUUUGUGAGAACUAGUUUCCCACCGAUGUAGCCUGGAGUGGCGGCGGAUUGGUUGCCCAAACGACUAGGGUAAUGUGAUUAAUCGGACGGUAAAAUGAGGGACAGCCACACCAUUGUCAGCUCAGUAGAAAGACACAUGAUCCAAAAAUCCUGACUUAGAAUGCAUCAUGGACGAAUUAUCGCCGGAGAAUGGAACACGGAUUGCUCCAGACGAAGACGCCGACGCCGACUCUGCCCUCGAAGUGCCGCUGAGCGAGUCUCUGGUAUCGCUGAGAUCAAGCAUUUUUGCGUAUCAGCAGGAAAACGGCCGGACAUAUCAUGCCAUGAGUGCAGGCAAAUAUUUCAUGCCGAAUGAUGAGAGGGAGAUAGAAAGACUAGACUUGCAGCACCAUCUCAUGACCCUGACGAUCGGGGACAGAUAUUGCCUGUGUCCUAAAAAUGAUGGUGCCGCCAGGGUUCUUGACCUUGGUACAGGCACUGGUAUCUGGGCGAUAGAGUACGCCGACGGUCAUCCUGAGGCUGAGGUAGUCGGUGUUGAUCUCAGCCCCGUGCAACCAGACUUCGUACCAACAAAUUGUUCUUUCGAGAUAGACGACCUCGAGAAGGAGUGGACGUGGUCUAAGACGUUCGACUUUAUCUUUUGCCGGAUGACGACAGGGAGUUUCGAUGAUGAUUUCAAGAUUGUGGAGAAUGCCUUCAACCAACUUCAGCCCGGUGGCUACUUCGAAGCCCAAGACAUAGCCCCGUUACGCUGUGAUGACGGCACUCUCUCCGAAACCUCGGACCUGUGGAGGUGGAUGACUCUUAUACAGGAGGGUCUGGAGAAGUUGGGGCGGUCUACUACCGCUGCGCAGGAGCGAAAGUCGGCUAUGGAAGCCGUGGGCUUCGAAGGCGUGGUCGAGACUGUGUAUAAGUGGCCGACGAAUCAUUGGCCGCGCGACAAGAAGUAUAAAGACCUGGGUAAGUGGAGCCUGGUCACCAUUGACUAUGGGUUGGAGGCGGCGGCACUGGCGCCUCUAACGCGCGGGCUGGGCUGGUCGAGGGAGGAGGUGCUGGCGCUGGUUGCCAGGGCGAGGACAGCACUGAGGGAUUCGACUGUGCAUGCUUAUUGGCCGAUAUAUGUGGUUUAUGGCCGCAAGCCGGUCAAGUCAUUGGAUCCGACGGCCGUGCCACCGUCGACAUCUCCAUCAGCGGAGGGAUCAAUGAGCUGAUGGAGUUGGGUUAUUGCCGGGGGCAUGAUUGUGAUAAUCGGUGUGGAGCAGCGCUCAUCAUAUGUCAAUCAAAUAAACUUUGGGGUCAAAAUUGAUACGUUGUAGUUGCCCACACGGCCAGUUGUAUAGCUGUUGAGGUCUCCUGCCGCUCUUCCGUACUGAUCGCCAUCUUCGUCCCAGAACUCGUCGAAGAUGUAGGAAACCCAG